AUGUCUCCUAAAUCAAUAAAGCUGCAACAACCACAUUCGCCAAGCAGACUUUUAAUCGUUGUUUUCGCAUUAAUCGCAGCUGUGACUGCUGAUAUUAGUCAUUCGCCUUCAAAUGAGUAUUUGCCACCCAUUCAAGACGUUGCACCAGUUGAAGCUCCUGUCUCCAAUUUGAUCCAAGAUGUUGCUUUACCUGCUUCUGCUUACGUAACACUUCCAGUUGAAGCUAGCCCAGCUCAUAUUUUAGCCGAUGACGGUUACCGUUAUAAGACACACCGUCGUGUUGUAUACCGCCGCAACCGUCGCGAUGUGAGCCAUUUGCCCUCCAACGAAUACUUGCCACCAGUUCAAGAAGCACCAGUUGCUGCACCAUCAAGUGAAUACUUACCACCUGUACAACAGGCGGCUCCAGCGCCAGUACCAGUGGAAGCCGUUCUAUCUCAUAUUUUGGCCGAUGAUGGUUAUCGUUAUAAAACACACCGUCGUGUUGUAUACCGCCGCAACCGUCGCGAUGUGAGCCAUUUGCCACCUAAUGAAUACUUGCCACCAGUUCAGGAAGCACCAGUUGCUGCACCAUCAAAUGAUUAUUUACCACCUGUUCAACAGGCGGCACCAGCUCCAGCUCCAGUCCCAGUUCCAGUGGAAGUUGUUCCAUCUCAUGUUUUGGCCGAUGAUGGUUACCGUUAUAAGACACACCGUCGUGUUGUAUACCGCCGCAACCGUCGCGAUGUGAGCCAUUUGCCCUCCAACGAAUACUUGCCACCAGUUCAGGAAGUACCAGUUACUGCACCAUCAAAUGAAUACUUGCCACCUCUACAACAGGCAGCUCCAGCUCCAGCCCCUGUUGAAGUUACCCCAGCUCAUGUUUUGGCCGAUGAUGGUUACCGUUAUAAGACACACCGUCGUGUUGUAUACCGCCGCAACCGUCGCGAUGUGAGCCAUUUGCCCUCCAACGAAUACUUGCCACCAGUUCAGCAAGCACCAGUUGCUGCACCAUCAAAUGAAUACUUGCCACCUGUACAACAGGCAGCUCCAGCUCCAGCUCCAGUCCCAGUUCCAGUGGAAGUUGUUCCAUCUCAUGUUUUGGCCAGUGAUGGUUACCGUUAUAAGACACACCGUCGUGUUGUAUACCGCCGCAACCGUCGCGAUGUGAGCCAUUUGCCACCUAAUGAAUACUUGCCACCAGUUCAGGAAGUACCAGUUGCUGCACCAUCAAAUGAUUAUUUACCACCUGUUCAACAGGCGGCACCAGCUCCAGCCCCUGUUGAAGUUACCCCAGCUCAUGUUUUGUCUGAUGACGGAUAUCGUUACAAAACCCAUCGUCGGGUUAUUUACCGUCGUCACUAA